ACAGAAAAUCAAAUAAGAUUAAAUAUUUUCAUUUCUGAUUAUUGAAUGCUCUAACUAUUGUUGCUGCUGCUGCCACAUUUUGGCAAUUUUUAACAUCAAUUUUCCCUCCAUAGACGAUGAUCUAAGCUUUCUCUCACCUCUCUCUCAUCUCUAUCCGUGCAGCCAUGGUUCUCAGAGACCACCGCCGCUGCACCACGAUCUAUCUCAUCCUCCUCUGCUUCUGCGUCAACGCUCUCUCCUCCCUCGCCGAGGACACCAUCUCCGGCAACAAAACCCUCUCCGGCAACCAAACACUCGUCUCCGCCGGCGAGAGCUUCGAGCUCGGAUUCUUCAAACCAGGUAACUCUCCUCGGCACUACAUAGGCAUAUGGUACAAAAAAGUCCCCAAACAAACCGUAGUUUGGGUGGCCAACAGAGAAGCCCCUGUCUCCGAUCCCAAUUCCGCCAAAUUCCAGAUUUCAGCCGGAAACCUAGUUCUGCUAAACGAAUUGGGAGCCGAGAUUUGGUCCACCGCCCUAAAUUCAACCUCUAACGCCGCCGCGGUGCUCCGCGAUAACGGGAAUCUGGUUCUCAGCGAUGCGUCCGGCUCGUCGAAUCCGAGAUCCGGAGAAAUUUUGUGGCAGAGUAUCGAUAAUCCGGUGCACACGUGGCUGCCUGGCGGGAAAAUUGCCUAUGAUAAAAUCACGGGAAAGAAGCAGCUCUUAACUUCGUGGAAAAACGAGGAGGAUCCUGCAAUGGGGCUGUUUUCGCUCGAGCUCGAUCCGAAUGGGAGUCAGUAUCUCAUAAAAUGGAAAAGGAGUGAGGAGUAUUGGACUAGUGGGGCUUGGAAUGGCCAUAUUUUCAGCUUAGUUCCUGAAAUGAGACUGAAUUACAUCUAUAAUUUUAGCUUUGUUAAUAAUACUAAUGAGACCUACUUCACAUAUUCUCUGUAUAAUCCUGCUGUUAUAUCGCGUUUCAUUAUGGAUGUGUCGGGGCAGAUUAAGCAGCAGUCGUGGGUUAACGAUGAUUGGAACUUGUUCUGGACUCAGCCGAGGGAGCAAUGCCAGGUUCAUGAUUUUUGUGGGGGGUUUGGUAGCUGCAAGAACUCGUUGCCAUUCUGUAGUUGCUUGUCGGGGUUUAGGGUUAGGAACGAGAGCGAUUGGGAGUUGAAUGAUUACUCAGGUGGUUGUGUGAGGGAGUUGAGCUUGCAGUGUGAGAGUAAUGGUAAUGGCACUGGUUCUAAUGGGAGGGGAGAUAGGUUUUUGCCUGUCUCGAAUGUGAAAUUACCCGUGAAUGCUCAGCCGUUGAUGGCUGGGAGUGGUGGAGAGUGUGAGUCGAGUUGCUUGAGCAAUUGUUCUUGCACGGCUUAUGCCUAUGAAGAAGGGGGUGGUUGUUCUGUUUGGGGAGGGGAGUUGGUGAAUCUGCAGCAGUUGAAUGAAGGAGAUGGGAGUGGUAAAGUGAUCCACAUUAGGCUGUCUGCCUCUUCACAAGUGUUUUCUGCUUCCAAGAAUAGUAAGGGGUCCAUGAUUGGUGUGGUUUUGGGCUGUGUUGGUGGUGCGUUGGUCGUGGCUGCAGUCGUGGUGGGGUUGAUAUGGAGGAGGCGGAGACGAGGAGGCGGGACUACUAAAGCAGUGGAGGGUUCAUUGGUUGCGUUUGCAUACAAGGACUUGCAGAAUGCAACCAAGAACUUCUCGGAUAAGUUGGGAGGUGGUGGCUUUGGGUCUGUUUUCAAGGGCACUUUACCUGAUUCAACAGCCAUAGCUGCGAAGAAGCUCGACAGCAUCACGCAAGGGGAGAAGCAGUUCAGGACAGAGGUGAGCACGAUUGGGACGAUUCAGCACGUGAAUCUUGUGAGGCUCCGCGGCUUCUGCUCAGAGGGUAGCAAGAAGCUGCUGGUCUAUGAUUACAUGGAGAAUGGCUCCUUGGACUCGCAUCUCUUCCACGCGAACAAGGGCAAGUUCUUGGAGUGGAAGACGAGGUACCAGAUCGCCCUUGGGAUCGCGAGGGGGCUGUCGUAUCUGCACGAGAAAUGCAGGGACUGCAUCAUCCACUGCGAUAUAAAGCCAGAGAACAUUUUGCUGGACACCGAGUUCUGCCCCAAGGUGGCGGAUUUCGGCCUGGCCAAGCUCAUGGGGCGUGAUUUCAGCCGCGUCCUCACCACCAUGAGAGGUACGAGGGGCUACCUCGCGCCCGAGUGGAUAUCCGGAGUCGCCAUAACAGCCAAAGCAGACGUCUACAGCUACGGAAUGAUGCUCUUUGAGUUGGUCUCUGGAAGGAGAAACUCCGAGAACUCCGAGGAUGGGACUGUCAAAUACUUCCCCUCGUGGGCAGCUAACGCGACUGUCAAUGGAGGCGACGUGCUUGGCCAGUUGGAUCCCGUUUUGGACAGAAACGCUGAUGCGGAGCAGGUAUUGAAGAUCUGCAAGAUCGCAUGCUGGUGCAUCCAAGAUGAUGAGAACAUAAGGCCUUCAAUGGGGCAGGUUGUUCAAAUUCUUGAAGGCCUAAUGGAUGUGAACGUGCCUCCGGUGCCUCGUUCGCUCCAGGUCUUCGUCGAGAGCCAGGAGGACAUAGUGUUCUUCACCGACUCCUCCUCCACGGAGCAGAGCUCGCAGGCGAGGAGCAACGCCUCGAGUGCUUCCUCGAACUCCAAGAACAACAGCACGGUAUCAUCAAAGGGUUAGUUCACAUUUAUGUGUUUUGUAGAUUCUGUUGCAAGAAAAUGCUAAGCCAUCUAAAUAAAGACAAAUUUGUAUUUAGGAAUCUUGACAUAGGAAAGAUGAAACUUGAUUGAGUAUAUAUAUGUUUGUAUUUAUACCAUUGUGUAAUCAACAUUUGUUACAGUU